AUGCCCUCCAACAAAGACAGGCUAUAUGUUGCUCUUUAUGUACGAGGAGGCAAGGCAACUAUGCCAAAUAAAGAGGAUACCUACCAUUGGGGCUUGAUAGUGGGACCAAAGGUUGAAACAGACAACAAAACAGGUGUUCGAUAUCACGCCAAAGAACGCAUAAAGAUAGGGGGCUCUGAAUGGCAAUUCGAAGAGAGUCCUUGUCCACUUUCUGCUGAUAGCAUGCUUCUCGUCCGUAUAAUGGUUGGCAAAGUAGCAAAUGUCCCUCACCUAAUCGAGACAUUACGCGGUACGCCUAUCCGUGGUGGUCAGUCUGGAUGGAAUUGUAUUUCGUGGGUGAAGGAGGCCCUGAAAGGGCUGGCCGAGGAAAAGACAUUGGGUACGUGUGUCCUUGAUUGGACCAAGGUACGAGAUGAAUCAAUGGCGUAUUGUCAACGGAAGAAAGACGAGCAUCGUUUUGAUGGGCUGGGCAAAUUUGAUAUGAAGAAGCCUGCAACUUACGACUUGUUAACGGAGAAGGAUAUUAUUUGCUGA